AUGACUACCUAUGCUGAAAGUUACGUGCGGGCUGAGCCCUAUGGUAGUGCUCCUCAGGGCGCGAACGCAAAUAGAAGAAACAAAGCGAAGCCUCUACAUGGUGGGAGAAGGCAUGGUAAAGAUAUUUUCAGACAGAACGGCGGCCCCAUACUCGACCGCAACGUGCGAGAGACCGAAGAUGCAAUUUCCACCCAACUGCGAAGCCACGCCGAAUCCCAACUCCAGCCUUCAAUGCCAAAAAGACCAGGAUUCGGAUCACGAGGCCUCGAGACCCUCCUCUACGCGAAUUGUUUCCACCUGUCAACGCCUUCCGGAUGUGAGGUGUUUCGCUACAACCUGGAAACCGAGCAAAGCCAUGGAACGUGCAAACUGCGGCGGAUCAUAGGGAUACUACUCGAAGAACACUUCUUGGAUGCCCGGGGGCAGAUUGCGUCGGAUCUUUGCUCGACGCUUGUUUCGCCAAUUGAUCUUCUUCAGGGGGACAACACGGCGCAUGUCUUUGACGUACAUUAUACAGACCACUUCGCGCACGGGAAUCCGAGGACACCGAGCGUCUACCGUGUUAGGGUUAUCCCGACAGGGAAGAUUAGUAUAUCGAAUCUCGUACAGCAUCUGUCCUCGACGAAUGCGAGCGAUAUCUGCCACGACAAGGCUGAGAUCCUCCACGCGUUGACUACCAUUCUUGGCCAUUACUCGAGAGCGAGAUCGGAUAUCGUCCCGAUGGACGGAAACAAGCGGUUCGCAGUUUCAGGAAAUUUGGCAGAGCCGUUCAAUCUCGGAGCGGGGUUGGAAGCACUACGAGGGUUUUCAUUCAGCGUGCGCGCCGCUACCGCGCGGUUACUCGUUGGGUGCCAGGUGGAGUAUUCGCUGUGCUUUCGCGGCGGUGGGUUACCCAAGGUCAUUGCAUCGUACAGAAGAGAGGCGAGCCCGAGCAGUAUUCGCCUUGAACGGUUCUUGAGACGGAUACAGGUCGAAGUGACCCACUAUCGUCGGCAAGUCGAGGACGAUGGAUCGGAGAGCGGCUAUAUCCCCCGGUUCAAAGUGAUUGCCGGCCUGGCGUCGCCGUCGGAUGGACGGAUACUGCCCCAUCCGCCGAUAGUUCCCAGACACGGUGCGGGGCCUCGUGAAGUGCAAUUCUGGCUUCAGGAUCCGGUCCAGAGCGUGGACGGAAAUAGCAGCGACGUUGAGAUGGGCGAGGUGUUUGAGUCCGGCUAUGGCUGCGAGAGCGGGAGAUAUGUCACGGUCGAGGAUUACUUUGUUCGACGCUACGGCAUCUAUCCAGACCCUAGUCUACCAGUUAUCCGGCUCCUCGGCCGGAGCAAGAACCCUCUAUAUGUGCCCGCAGAAGUAUGCGUAGUCCGAAGCGGCCAGCCUGUUGCUUCACAUCUCAGCGGUGAACAAGAAUCUAGGAUGAUGGAUGUUGCGAUACGCAGCCCAGCGGAGAACGCGCGGUCUAUUGUCACGAGAGGCGCGCAGCUGCUUGGAUUCUCGACUGAGUCUGAUAGUAUUUUGCACAAGUUAGGCUUCCAAAUAUCCCCCGGUUUGAUCACUGUCCCGGCGCGGAUCUUGCCACCUCCAUCCAUCGUCUAUGCAAACGGGAACAAGGCCGAUGUGGCUUCGGGGGUCUGGAGGCAGAAUAAUACAAAAUUCUACAAGCCCGGCCGUCUAUCCUCCUGGGCAUUCAUCUACAUCGUAAACGAUAGAGAUCGAGAGAUCUUCAAGAAGCCGGCGGAAUUAUAUGAUUGCCUAGGGACACUACGCGGGAGACUCAAGCAGUUCGGCGUCGAAGCGCCCCCGAUCUCUGAUGGACGGCGCGUUGAUGUGAAAGCAGCGUACGACCGUGGGAACUACGACGCGAAUGAACUUGACGAGAUAAUCGGUAGUUCCGUCAGCCGCUUGCUGAAACGGCACAGGCAGGAUCUCAUCAUGGCCAUUCUCUCUUCGCCAAACAGUCAUAUCUACAGUUCCGUGAAACGCGUCUGUGACGUCCAUCUGGGCGUCAACAAUGUAUGUAUGCUUGCUUCAAAGCUUGCCAAGAAGAAUGAGCAGUAUCUUGGUGGGGUGUGCUUGAAGGUGAAUCUGAAGCUCGGGGGAGUGAACCAAGUCCUCGGGGCCGAGCGUUCAGGCAUCAUCUCCAAAGGCAAGACGAUGAUUGUGGGAAUCGAUGUCACUCACCCGGCCGCGGGUUCUUCCUCGGAUACGCCGAGUGUGGCCGGCAUGGUUGCAUCGAUCGAUCGGCACCUUGCGCAGUGGCCAGCAGAUAUCCAGAUUCAAACUUCGAGGCAAGAGACCGGCGCUCCUCUCGACCGAAUGCUCAAGUCUCGCCUCGAGCUGUGGGCGGCCACCAACGGGCAGCUCCCAGAGAAUAUCAUAGUCUAUCGCGAUGGGGUGUCAAGCAGCCAGUAUGAGCAGGUCGCCCGGGAUGAAGUCCCAUUAUUGAAAUCCGCAUGUGGGGAUAUCUACCCCCAGGCUAUGCAGAGCAAAGGCAUCCCGCGCCUUUCGGUAAUCAUCGUCUGCAAACGCCACCGUACACGCUUCUAUCCCGCCCGCGAAAGCGACGCCGACAAACUAUCCAACCCCAAGAACGGCACGGUGAUUGACCGCGGCGUCACUGAGGCCCGUGAAUGGGACUUUUACCUCCAGUCACAUACAGCCCUCCAUGGGACCGCCCGACCAGCGCACUACUAUGUCGUCUGGGACGAAAUCUUCCGCAGUCAAAAGGCUUCAUCCCUGUCACUACGCAACGCCGCGGAUAUUCUGGAGGAUUUCACACAUGACCUGUGCUACCUGUUCGGGCGGGCGACGCGGGCGGUCAGUAUUUGCCCACCGGCCUACUACGCAGACUUGCUGUGUGAUCGCGCGCGCUGCUAUUUGAAGGACGUGUUUGAUGGCCGUGUGCAGCGCGGCGGCGGAUCCCGUGAGGAAAAUGAGAUUGCGUACGGGGAAAUCGUUAGCAGGUUUGAUAGGAUUCAGGUGCAUUCCAGUUUAAGGAGGUCGAUGUUUUAUAUCUGA